AUGUAUAGCAAUUGUAAGUCGCUUUGGAUAAAAGCAUCAGCUAAAUGAAACUCAGAGUUUUCACCAAGCCUGCUUUCUGAAACCUGAUAGACAGGCCAUAAUCACCCACAAGUCUAAACUAAACACAACAUAUGUGUAUAAUAACAACAGUUAUUAUACACAUUAAGAGUGUAAAAAUGAAACUAGAGAUAUUAAUAAAGUUGUUUUUGAGGACAAAUGGCACUCAUUAGGCUGAAUGACCCAAUAUAUUUGAUUUCAUUUCAUUUUUCAUCCAAUCACUGUUACUUUAAAUAUCACCCAUGUCAGUCUUGCUAAUUAAUAAUAAAAGUAACAUUUAUGUAAAACCUUUGGUGUAUUCUGAUUUUCAGAAUCAUACAACACUCAGUGCAGUGCCUUGAAUAAAACUUCCCUCUAGUCCACUAUGAAUUUCAUCAUAUAUUAACUCUUGUGUUACUUGUAUGCAUUCCCUUGUUAACCUUUGAACUGGGUGUUCUAUGUAAACUAAUCUAUAUAAACAGUUGUACAUUAACCGAUAGGCCAUACACUGAAAUGAGUCCAGGAGCCCAAAAAAAAGCUCUUCUCCCUCCUUCAGCCUUUUUGUUUCACUACUUCAUCUGGACUAAAAGACCUGGAUUUGAUAGUUGUAGACUACACCCCAACACACACACAAAAUAAAACAUACACACACAAAGGAAAACGUGCAUAUUGUCUCUGACUUUGUUAUCUGUGAGACACUUCAAAAUAUGGCUGCAGUGGAAACUCUUUUUCUGUACAGUACAACCAUGCUGCUGGGCACUGUUGGAAUCCUGCUCGCCUUGUAUGUAUUUUUCUGCAGCGUUGACCAUCGAAGAAAGGAGCCUCCGGGACCCAGGCCACUGCCCUUGUUCGGCAAUUUGCUGCAGCUGGAUCUUAAGUCAACCUACAGCACGCUGUAUGAGCUCUCCAAGAAGUAUGGACCAGUAUUCAAGGUCCAUUUUGGGCCCAAUAAAGUGGUGGUGCUGGCAGGAUACAAGACAGUCAAAAAUGCUCUCGUCAGCUACGCAGACAAGUUUGGAGACCGAUACGUCUCCCCUUUAUUACAUGAGAGGAUUAAAGGUCAUGGGAUUCUGUUUGCAAAUGGAGAAUCGUGGCAAGAGAUGAGACGUUUUGCCCUCACCACCCUGAGAGACUUUGGGAUGGGAAAAAGAAUAGCUGAGGAUAAAAUUUUGGAGGAAUGCGACCAUCUAAUCAAAUUGUUUGAAGAGCAUGAAGAGAAACCAUUUGAUACAACAAGUCCAGUAAAUUAUGCAACAUCCAAUAUCAUCUCUUCAAUCGUGUAUGGAAGAAGAUUUGAAUACAAUGACCCCCGAUUCAAAAACUUGGUGAGAAGAGCCAACGAGAACAUCCGUAUUUCUGGAUCUGCACCAAUCCAGCUUUACAACAUGUUUCCCAGGUUGUUUGGUUGGAUCAAAAAUCGGCAGCUGAUAAAAGAAAAUGCAGAGAUGACUGUCAGAGAUGUCAAAGAUUUAAUCAAGCAUUUAAAAGAAACGUUGAACCCUCAAAUUUGCAGAGGGCUUGUGGACUGUUUUCUUAUUCGGAAACAGAAAGAUGAUGAUUCUUUUGUUAAGGACACUCACUUCAAUGAGAAGAACUUGAUAUAUACAGUGACCAAUCUGUUUGCAGCUGGUACUGAUACCACAGCAGCUACACUGAGAUGGGGUCUGGUGCUUAUGGCCAAAUAUCCACAUAUGCAAGACCAGGUCCAGGAGGAGCUGGGCAGGGUGGUAGGAAGCCGUCAGGUCCGGGUAGAUGACCGGAAAAACCUGCCGUACACUGAUGCUGUUAUCCAUGAGACACAGAGACUGGCUAACAUUGUCCCCAUGGCUCUUCCACACAAAACCAGCUGUGAUGUCACCUUCCAGGGCUACUUUAUCAAAAAGGGGACUACUGUGUUUCCUCUGCUUACUUCUGUUCUGUAUGAUGAGAGUGAAUGGGAGAGCCCACACACUUUCAACCCUUCCCACUUCCUGGAUGAGGAGGGUAAAUUUGUCAGGAGAGACGCCUUCAUGCCCUUUUCUGCAGGUCGCAGGGUGUGUCUCGGAGAAAGUCUGGCUAAGAUGGAGCUCUUCCUCUUGUUCACCUCCCUCCUGCAGCGCUUUCGUUUCACUCCUCCACCUGGAGUCACAGAGGACAAACUGGAUCUGACACCAGUUGUGGGCUUGACCCUCACCCCAUCAGCUCAUAAGCUGUGUGCUGUCAGUCGCCAAUGAAGAAGAGAGCUGGAACAUCUUGAUCAUUAUGUCACGGUGGGAAUGGAAACUGCUACCGUGCCUGGACAUUUUGUCAUUCAAUCAUCCAUGGUGAGAUUGUUGUGUAGAGCAACCGUUAACAAUUUGAAGAAAUAUCUGUGGCUAUCAGUUACAUUCUAAUGGUAUGACUAUAUGGUCAGUGAGAGGCUUUCCUCCUUUUAAAGACUGAACAUUCUUGCUGUUCAUGAUUGAUUUACUCACAUUGCUGUUUACUCAUCUUGCUUUUGAAUUGUUUAAUUGUGAUUGACAGUUUCAUUAGAUCUGCUUCACACCUACCAAAGAGAGGAGAUUGGUGAAAAAGGAUUCAUUGUUUAUUCAGUGUAAUGAAAUAAUACAAAAUAAAAAACUUGUUUAAAGUA